UCAGGCGUCCUCGUCUCCAGCAUGGUGCUGCUGCUCUCCCAGAAAGCCUUGUUCAAGUUCUACACGCUCUUCUUCGCCGUUCUGCUCGGCGUGGCGGCCGUCCUCAUCAACUACUACGCCACGUCCCACAUAGACUUCUACAGCGCCUACUACAAGGCGGCGCUGGGCUUCAAGCUGCUGCCGAGGAACGGCCCCACGCUGUGGCUGGGCAUGGCUGCCGUCCAGCUCGUCUUCGGCGUGGGCUACGUGUUCCUGCUCAACCUGCAGUCGGUGUUUGCGGCGCUGGUGGUGCUGGACAUCAUGAUCCCUCUGUGGGGGCUGAUGAUCGAGCUGCCCGCGGACGUCCGGCAGCUGGUGGCGGUGUUCUCGGGGCUGGCGCUGGCUCUCAACACGGCCGUGUGCCUCGCCAUGAAGCUGAAAUGGUUUUACUACUCGUGCCGGUACGUCUACCUGCUGGUGCGGCACAUGUACCGGAUGUACGGGCUGCAGCUGCUGCUGGAGGACACCUGGAAGAGGAUCCGAUUCCCCGACGUGCUACGGGUGUUCUGGCUGACCCGGGUCACCGCCCAGGCACUGAUCCUGGUCUACGUGGUUCGGGCGGUGAGGAGGGAGAGCGGGGACGCCACGGGCGGGGCCACAGACGGGAGCUCCGACUCACAGGGUUACCUGCUGAGCUGGGACGUGUUCUGGGAUCUGACCAGUAACCUCAUCAUCUCUGGCUGCGACUCCACGCUCACCGUGUUGGGGAUGAGCGCCGUCAUCUCCUCGGUGGCUCACUACCUCGGCCUCAGCAUCCUGGCCUUCAUAGGAUCGACGGAGGAGGAGGACAAACGUUUGGGCUUCGUGGCUCCGGUCCUGUUCUUCAUCCUGGCUCUGCAGACCGGCCUCAGCAGCCUGGACCCCGAGGAGCGGCUGGUCCGUCUGAGCCGGAACAUGUGCCUCCUGCUGACCGCCAUCCUGCACUUCAUCCACGGCAUGACCGACCCCGUCCUGAUGUCCCUCAGCGCCUCGCACGUGUCCUCUUUCCGCCGCCACUUCCCCGUCCUGCUGGUGUCCCUGGCGCUCUUCGUGCUCCCCGUGGUGCUCAGCUACGCCCUGUGGCACCACUACGCCCUCAACACCUGGCUCUUCGCCGUCACCGCCUUCUGCGUGGAGCUCUGCCUCAAG